AGUAAAUAAUUGCAAGUGUUAAAUUUCGGCAGAAAAUUAAGUUGCUGUAUGUAUAAAAAUUGUGUUUGCUAGCGAUGGCUUACCAGUGCGGCAACCGAAAAAUAACCAUAAGGGCCUUGAUCGAUGACAGGGCUGGUCAAACUUCUAGCUCCGGUGUGUCAGAAGCUGUUACAGGUGUUCCGUCCCCAAGUACCGGAAACUCGUAUAAUAAAAAACGGAGAUAUGAGAAUGACAUAAGUAAUAUUGCUUCUUUGACUCAUUCGCAACAAAAUUGGACAAUCAAAGCCAAGGUCGAAGAAAAGUCGGAUAAAAAACCAUGGAGUAAUAAAAAUGGCAAUGGCCACUGUUUUAGUAUGGCGUUGUCUGAUAAUAGUGGAAAAAUCAGAGCAGUUGCUUUCAAUGAUCAAUGCCAUAAGUUUUAUGAAAUGAUUCAGGAAGGAAAGAUUUACACUAUAUCAAAAUUUGAUGUGAAACUACGCAAAAAAGAAUUUCGUACCUUCAACGAUUAUGAAAUAGUAUUAAGAAAUGAUACUCAAGUCGCAGAGUGUUUGGAUGUUGGUAAUAAAGUGCGAAAAGACAGUUAUGAAUUUGUUAAGAUUAAAGACAUUCAAGCAAAGAAAACAAACACUUUAGUCGGUAAGGUUUAA